CCGUUUCAGUCUAUCUUAGUUUUUAAAGGCGAAAUGGCAGAAGAAUUAAAACAACCUACUCCUCGAGAGUUUUUGACUGAGUUUAUUGAACUUUAUAGAAGUCAUACGUGUUUGUGGCUCGUUAAGAGCAAAGAUUACUCCGACAGAAAUAAAAGAGAUAUUGCAUAUGCUGAGCUCGUAAAAAAAUUCCAGGAGUUUGAUUCAUCGGCAGACCGAAAUAUCGUUAUCAAAAAAAUUAGUGCAUUACGUACGGUGUAUAAGAGAGAACUGUCAAAAGUUGUCAAAUCGGAAAAAUCCGGGACGGGCCAGGAUGAUGUGUAUAAACCUAGUUUGUGGUACUUCGACCUUCUGCAUUUUCUGAGAGACCAGGAAUCUGCAAGACCUAGUAGGAGUACCAUGAGUGAUGGCAAUCCAGAAACAGAACAAUAUGAGGAUUCAGAACAUAUGCAUCUACCCCAUUCCCAAGAAGGAGAGGUGGCUCUUCCAAUGUCAGGUGAUGAUAGAUGUAGCACGUCACCAUCACCAAACGCUAAGUCUAAAAAAAAAAAGAUGCUGAGUUCGGCAGAUGAGGUGAUAGAGCUAGCGGGAGAGCGGCUAAAAAAUAUUCAUCCUGAUGAUGAGUUCGAAGCCUACGGAAAGUAUGUAGCCCAUAAGCUACGUUCCCUUAAACGAACCCAGGCCAUAUUCGCGAGAAAACUCAUAAAUGACGUGAUUUUUGAGGGGGAGCUUGAAACACUCUCCAAAGAUUAUAAAGUAAUGAACAGUCAGCCAUAUAACCCCCAACUUUACCACCAACAACCCUACCCCCUACCCUACAUCUCGGGAAUGCCAGACCAUCCUUGGCCUUUCAGUUCCAGUAACAAUAUUUUACAGCAUCCAAACUCUGCCACACUUCCCUACCCCCAAACUUUCAACCGUGAUACACCCGAUGUAUCCAACAUGGCACUGCCUAACGAUCCAACAAACUCUGCCACACUUCCCUACCCCCAAACUUUCAACCGUGAUACACCCGAUGUAUCCAACAUGGCACUGCCUAACGAUCCAACAAACUCUCCCACACUUCCCUACCCCCAAACUUUCAACCGUGAUACACCCGAUGUAUCCAACAUGGCACUGCCUAACGAUCCAACAAACAGUCCAAAACAACCCUGACCCCUGAACAACCAAUAUAAAUUUCGACUAAUCAAUUGAUAACAAUGUUUCAAGCUUCUUUUCAAAGUUAUCGGUGUAGUAGGACAUUAUUUUUCAUAUUCGAUGAUUUACUACUUUGUUCUAUGAUUAUUGACUUUAUAUUGUAUCUUUAUGUUAUCUUUUAUUACGUUAUGUACUUUUUUAUGUUUUACGAUUAUUAGUUUUAUAGUAGGGGAGGAAAGUAGGCUAAAUUUGCAGUUAAUCGAGCGUUAUGGGGAACUACUGCGUUGUGAAGAUUAGGUCAUAAAACCAAAUAAAGUUAAGUAAAAUUUGUCAUUUAAGUGGGGACUUUCCAUUUUAAUUUAAGUUUCCAUUUCCAACAAUCAUUUUUUCCGUUUACAGCGCCAUCUAUGCAUAAUUUGAAAAAAUGUUUCGAAUAAAAUUACUUAUUUUUACGCCAGGAAUCCAAAUCUGCAAUAUAAAAUGGGGGCUCCAAUUUAAUAUUUUAAAGUAACCCCCCACCCCACCUCCGUGGGGGGUCAUGUUUAGUGUCAUUCGAUAGAUUUUUCAAAAAUAAUGAAUACGUGUAUUUUGCAGUUUUUCGGUCUGAUGUUUAUUUCGCGAAAUAUCGCGGGGUUCCUAUUUGAAAUUUUAAAUUGACCCCCACCCCUCUCCGUGGGGGUCGUGUUUAGUAUUAUUCGAUAAAUACUUAAAAAAUAUUGAACACGAUUUUUUAGUUGUUCGAUCUGACGUUUAUUUCUCGAAAUAUUCGCAUUUAUCUUGUGAAAUUUUGUGACUCGCCCAUAUCCUUACGCCCCGCUCAAACUGGAUUUUUGGAUUUUUGAAAUAUACACUGUUCUGCAUGUACUUAACUUACCUUAUCUUAAUCUGACGAUUUCGAGUUUUUCUAAGGAUAGAUUUUUUUUCGGACCCCCGUUAACGAACUCCUCUGUAUUAAAAUCCAAUAUAUGGUAGGGGUACAUUUACAAGGUACAAGGUUUCUCCCUAUGUUAUAAACUGACGCGCUCGAGUAACUACAAAAAUCCCCGCUUGGGCUCCCCUAUCAUUAUAAUGUAUUAUAUUUCAUUAUUUUAAAAGAAAAUAGAAAACUGUUCUGUAUAGAAAAAAAUGUUCUAUAAUAAAUAACACAUA